CAGGGGCCUGCGCCAGCCGGCCGCGUCGGGACCGGAGUCGGCCACGUUGCUAGGCGCCUGCGGCUGCGUACUCGGGGCCACGCCGUGUGUCGAGGCUGUGCUGGGCCACGCUGAGGCUGCGCCGGCGGUGGCCUCGUGCCUGCGUCUGGCCUGGGGCCGCGCGCCAGCACCUGCACGUGCGCCAGGGCCGCCUGCCGUGCCGAGCCCGUGUCGCGCGCGCGUCUUCGGACGGCGGCGGUUGGUUCGUCUCUCGCGCACAUCUUCAGGAUGACGGCCAGGGCUCAAGAGUGAAGAAUACUCUUCGUUGAACGAGCACUUGUGUGAGGACUCAGGAGAACACCCCAAGACGUGUAGUCUUUUUCUUGUCUCCUAAUGACAAGUGUUGCGAGUUGCAACAAAGCUUUUACCCGGUCAUUGCGUGCAGCAAAUUUGGCAGCACUUACCCUGUCACUGCAAAUGACAACGAAGGAGAUAUUUUAUAUGCAUAUACCCUUAGUCCUAUAUAUGCUUUGGCAUUUGUAUCACUUCAUUUGAUAACUCCGCCCACACACCUGCUGGUGUAGCAUCCAGUAAAUGGCGCUCCUUUCGAUCCCAUGCAUUCUCAUCACAGCACUCUCAAUAUUCCAUCUUCAGCAAGCGUCUAUCGUAGUUUCAGCUUUCUCUGCCAAUGAUACUGGCAGUGCCACCGAUCUCUCCGCUCUACUUGCUUUCAAGACCCAGCUCUCAGAUCCACUCGACAUCCUUGGCACCAACUGGACAACCAAAACCUCCUUCUGCCAAUGGCUUGGCGUCUCCUGCAGCCACCGCCACUGGCAACGCGUCGUCGCCCUAGAGCUGCCAGAGAUACCUCUCCAAGGCGAGGUCACUCCACACCUCGGUAACCUCUCUUUCCUGGCUGUCGUCAACCUAACCAACACUGGCCUUACAGGCUCCAUUCCAUCUGAUAUUGGGAGGCUACAUCGGCUUAGGUCUCUAGACCUUAGCUACAACACUCUGUCAACCCUUCCCUCUGCCAUGGGGAACCUCACAAGCCUCCAGAUUCUUGAGCUAUAUAACAACAGCAUCUCAGGGACGAUCCCGGAAGAGCUGCACGGUUUGCACAACCUUAGGUACAUGAACUUUCAAAAGAAUUUCUUGAGUGGUUCAAUACCAGAAAGCUUAUUCAACAGCACACCGUUGCUGUCAUACCUCAACCUUGACAACAAUAGCUUGUCUGGGACGAUACCACACAGUAUUGGAUCCCUGCCCAUGCUCCAAGCUCUUGGCUUGCAGGCCAACCAACUCUUAGGUACGGUGCCCCAAGCCAUCUUCAAUAUGUCUACACUUCAGCUGCUGUAUCUUGGGGGAAACUACAAUUUGGAAGGUCCUAUCCCUGGCAACAAAAGCUUUAGCCUCCCCAUGCUUCAAAUUAUCGCCCUCCAGUCGAACAGUUUCACUGGUAAGCUUCCACAAGGGCUCUCUGAAUGCCAAUACCUCCAAGUACUUUCUUUGGCAGAUAAUUCCUUUGACGGCCCAGUGCCUACUUGGUUGGCUAACCUGCCAGAGCUCGCAGAUAUAGAGUUAAGUGGCAAUAACCUCAAUGGCCCAAUCCCACCUGUUCUGAGCAAUCUUACCAACCUCGUCAUUCUAGAUCUGUCAUUUGGCAAUUUAACAGGAGAGAUUCCACCUGAAUUUGGGCAACUAAGUCAGCUCACGGUAUUGGCGCUCUCUCAUAAUAAAUUGACUGGACCAUUCCCGUCAUUUGCUAGUAACUUGUCUGAGUUAUCUUAUAUACAGUUGGGUGCAAAUCGCUUGAGUGGUUUUCUACCAAUAACACUUGGUAGCACGGGGAGCCUUGUGUCUGUUGUUCUUUAUGAUAACUAUCUUGAAGGGAAUCUAAACUUCCUGGCUAGCCUUUCGAAUUGUAGACAACUCCUACACCUUGAUGUUGGGUUAAAUCAUUUCACUGGAAGAAUCCCUGACUAUAUUGGAAAUCUCUCCAGACAAUUGUCAUUUUUCUUUGCAGAUAGAAACAAUCUAACUGGUGAACUUCCUGCCACCAUGUCAAAUCUAAGCAGUCUGAAUUGGAUAGACUUAUCAGAAAACCAUCUGAGUAGCUCAAUUCCAAAAUCAAUCAUGAUGAUGAACAAGCUCCUUAAUAUGUACCUCUAUGGCAACCGCUUGUCUGGACCCAUCCCGGAACAGCUUUGUGUGCUAGGGAGCUUAGAACAACUUGUCCUCCAUGACAAUCAACUGUCUGGCUCCAUACCAGAUCAGAUAGGUAACCUCUCCGAGUUAAUAUACUUAGAUCUAUCUCAAAACCGGCUAUCAUCAACUAUACCAGCAAGCUUAUUCCACCUUGAUAGUCUCGUGCAACUUGACCUGUAUCAGAAUUCACUGAAUGGUGCAUUGCCAGUUCAAAUAGGUUCCUUGAAACAAAUUUCCAUCAUUGAUCUCUCUAGCAACAUCUUCGUUGGUAGCCUUCCUGGUUCCUUUGGACAACUGCAAACACUAACCAACUUAAACCUGUCACACAACUCAUUCAACGAUUCAGUUCCAGACUCUUAUGGCAACCUUAGGAGCUUGAAAUCACUGGACCUAUCAUACAAUGAUCUAUCUGGUACAAUCCCAGGGUACUUGGCCAAAUUGACAGAACUCGCCAUCUUGAAUCUGUCCUUCAACGAGCUACAUGGUCAGAUACCAGAAGGAGGUGUCUUUGCAAACAUCACCCUUCAGUCUUUGAUAGGGAACUCAGCUCUUUGUGGUGUCUCCCGUUUAGGAUUUCUGCCAUGCCAAAGUAACUAUCACUCAAGUAAUAAUGGACGACGAAUCCUAAUAUCAUCAAUCCUUGCUAGCACCAUAUUAGUUGGAGCUCUAGUUUCCUGCCUAUAUGUGUUAAUCAGGAAGAAAAUGAAGAAGCAAGAGAUGGUGGUUUCUGCUGGAAUAGUUGACAUGACCAGCUAUAGGUUAGUAUCAUACCAUGAAAUUGUUCGGGCCACUGAGAAUUUCAGUGAAACCAACCUGCUAGGUGCUGGAAGUUUUGGGAAAGUUUACAAGGGACAACUGAUCGAUGGCAUGGUGGUUGCAAUUAAAGUUUUAAACAUGCAGCUGGAACAAGCCACUAGAACCUUUGAAGCAGAGUGUCGUGUGCUGCGCAUGGCACGACACCGUAAUUUGAUAAGGAUACUAAACACCUGUUCAAACCUGGACUUCAAAGCAUUGGUUCUGCAGUACAUGCCUAAUGGUAGCUUGGAAACAUGUUUGCACAGUGAAAAUAGGCCAUGUUUAGGAAUCCUGGAGAGGUUGGAAAUUCUGCUGGAUGUGUCAAAAGCAAUGGAGUAUCUGCAUUAUCAGCAUUGUGAGGUAGUCCUGCACUGUGACUUAAAGCCAAGCAAUGUUCUCUUCGAUGAAAACAUGACCGCACAUGUGGCAGACUUUGGCCUUGCAAAGCUAUUAUUUGGUGAUGACAACUCUGCAGUUUCUGUGAGCAUGCCAGGAACAAUAGGGUAUAUGGCACCAGAGUAUGGAUCCAGUGGAAAAGCAUCAAGAAAGAGUGACGUAUUCAGCUAUGGGAUCAUGCUUCUUGAAAUACUUACAGGAAAGAAGCCAACGGAUCCAAUGUUUGGUGGACAACUAAGCCUCAAGAUGUGGGUCAAUCAAGCAUUUCCAAGAAAACUUAUCGAUGUUGUGGAUGAAUGUUUACUUAAAGACCCUUCAAUUAGUUGCAUGGAUAACUUCCUUGAGUCACUGUUUGAACUGGGUCUACUAUGCUUGUGUGACAUACCUGACGAAAGGGUGACAAUGAGUGAUGUGGUUGUGACACUGAACAAGAUAAAGAUGGAUUAUUCUCGUUCUACAAAAGUAGCAGGUCCCACAUCAUUUGGUGUUGACAACUGAGUUACUCGACAUACUUGUUAGAGAAUAACAAAUAUUGUCUUGUUAUUAGAUGCACUGCCAGUCAUUGAAGUUUUGAGUAACAGAUAAUAACAGUGAACAGAGACAUAAGGUGUAUCCUGA